CUUCUCACUCUUCCUGCUCCCUCCAUUGUACUCCACACACACAGCUUACCUGUAUUACAGUUUUUUUCAGUCGCUAACAAGCGUUUGUCCAAACAGUUGUCACAUUUGCAAAACUCUAAACACAAUUAGCACAGCAUCGGUCUGUUGUGGCCAUACCAUUCACACAUUUCAUGUCGUGUUCACCCAAUAUGCAGUCAGUGAACACAUUUCCACAAUGCUUACAUUUUCUUAACAGACAAGCUAUACCUCCCAACAAAAUUAUGGACUGUUUUUGUAGUAUUUACGAAUGUUAACACACAACAUCCCACAAUAGCAAAAACAAUAUUCCAAACCUUAGAUACAGUAUAAAAACCUCUGCUUCUGCAAUGAUAUCAGUACAAAAACAAUAUCAAUAUCAAAAAUAUAUCUCAGCUGAUAAUAAACAAACAAUUGAAUAAUUGACACACAGCUGAUUUAUGUUGGGUAAAUUGGGCCAACCACAGCUUAUUCCAUUCUGGCUUAGACUCAGUGGGGUUUAUAAGGCAAGACCUUGAGGAGUGAUGUUUUUGGAAACAAAAAAAAGACAAACACUGUAAUGUCUGGUCGAGGAAGAGUAAGAGCAAAGGGCCCAGGGAGAAGAGCAGGCCCAAGGAGAGGGCAAGGUAGAGGUGUAAGAAUGCGUGGUGGUGGCAUUCCAAGGGCUGCAAGAACAGUAGUCAGUGAUGAAAUUCGUGCCACUAUCAUUGACCAUGUAAUAAACCAUGGUCUUUCACUAAGAGAGGCUGGUGAAAGAGUGCAGCCCAAUUUGAGGCGGUCAACGGUUGCCUCCAUUAUACGCAUCUUUCAACAAACCAACAGGUAAGUAUUGCAUUUUACAUGGAUUGUUUCUAUUCUCACUUGACAUGUCAAUAUGGUCAUACAGUAAUGCAUAUGUUGAAUUUUUUGUCUUUCUAAAGAAUACAACGUCUUCCACCCUCUGGGGGAAGAGGAAAGCUCCUCAGUAAUGAUCAGGAGCUUGCCAUUGUAGAAAUGGUUGCUGCAAAUAAUGCAAUAAAACUGCGUGAAAUUCAAACUAGAAUUGUGGCGGACCAUGAGAUAUUUGACAAUAUCGAUAGAAUCAGCCUCACAACCAUUACGCGGACAUUGUCCAAACACAGAGUGCGGAUGAAGCAGCUCUACACUGUUCCCUUUGAGAGGAACAGUGAGAGGGUCAAGGAGCUACGACGACAAUAUGUCCAGAGAGUUAUGGAAUUGGAGGCCAACCAGGCCCCUCAUGAAUUCAUAUACAUCGAUGAGGCAGGAUUCAAUCUGGCCAAAAGGCGUCGACGUGGACGAAAUGUAAUUGGAAAAAGGGCCACAGUUGAUGUGCCAGGACAGAGAGGGGCAAACAUUACCAUGUGUGCAGCAAUUGCAAAUGCAGGAUUACUCCUUCACAGAUGUCAGGUUGGACCCUAUAAUACAGAGCGCUUGCUUGCCUUUCUCAAUGAUCUCCACCAGCGCCUGGUUCCAGAGCAGGGUCAGGAGGGUGAAAACAUGAGGACCUUUGUAAUUACCUGGGACAAUGUGGCUUUCCAUCACUCGCAAGCAAUAACAACAUGGUUUGAAGUCCACCCAAGACUGGUAAGUCUCUUCCUUCCACCCUAUUCACCUUUCCUCAACCCCAUAGAGGAGUUCUUUUCUGCAUGGAGGUGGAAGGUUUAUGACCAUCAGCCACAUGACCAGAUGUCCCUCCUUGAAGCCAUGGAUGCUGGCUCCAGGGACAUCACAGUUGACGAUUGCCAAGGGUGGGUCCGACAUACCAGGCGGUUUUAUCCCAGGUGCAUCGACUUGGAUAACAUCAGAUGUGAUGUUGAUGAAAACAUGUGGCCUAACCCUGAAGAUCGCAGAGAUUAGAUGCAAAUUUUUUGCCUUUUUUUAGCCCCCCUCCCCCUCCCCCCCUUUUUAUCUUGGCUUUUUGCUGUUGUUUUUUUGUUCAGAAUGCUCUUGUGUGUUUCAUGGAUAUUUUGUUCACUGUAAGCAAUACUGUAAAACUUUCUCUGUCCUAUCAUACCGUGUUUCUACUGUACCUCCUGUAGUAAACAGUAAAGAAACAAAAACUUGUUUGCUUUUUACUGGAAUGCUUUUGAAUGUGAACAUUACUGUACAUGUGGACAUACAGUUACCAACCAAGACAUUUCUGGUGUCAAAAUGGUGGAUUGCAUGUUUCGCAUGCAAAUACCUGUAAAACUGAAACAUAAAAGUCUAUGCAGUUUUUGUAAUGUCAAUAAUAGCCAGUAUUUUGAAACCUGGUGUACUUUGAUUGACUGCAUGUACCUUGUGAAGUGAAAACAAGUGUUAUUCUUUGACAGACUAAUUUCAUUUUGAGUCAGAUUUAUAGUGUUUUUGUACAGUUAGUGUGUGCAGAGAAAGAUGUGUUCUAUUUUGAAAUGAAGAGUUAGUAUAUAUUUAACAAAAUGUAUUUUUGAGAAGAAAAUUAUCCAUUUGGCCAAUUGUGUUUUGUAGGUGUGAGUCUGUGUUAAGAGUUUAGAAAAAGUAUCUGAAGUAUGGGUAGGCGCUUGUUAGCGAUUGAAAAAAACU